AUGAAACAACCAAAUUUUCUCAUAAUAGGCGCCGGCUCACGCGGCUCGGCCUACGCCCGCGCAAUCUCAAUCUCCACCCCCGGCCGCAUCGGCGCAGUCGCAGAGCCGAAUCCGUACAAGCGGCACGCCCUAGGCCAGAACUACAUCUGGGGAGAGCGGGCGCCCAAACGGGGGGAAGAGUUUGAGGGGUGGGAGGAGUGGAUUGAGUACGAGACGAAGCGAAGACAGCGCCAGUCGUCAAAAUUAAAUUCCAACAACGGGGUAUCGCCACCAUCAAAUGGAGUUGUCACGGAGAGUGGCGAGGAUGAGGGUGAAGGUGAAGGUGAAACUGGCGUCGACGGCGUCUUAAUCUGCACUCUCGAUGAAACGCACAUUAUCAUUCUCUCUGCAAUAGCAAAAGCGAAUCUCCUCGACCUACAUGUCCUCUGCGAGAAACCGCUGGCGCUCUCACUAGACGACUGUUUAAGCGUGUAUGCGGCAUGGACAAAGUCCGACUCCGGCGAGCGGGUUCCUCCCAAGAGUAUCUUCUCCAUCGGCCAUGUGCUCCGGUAUAGUCCACACAAUCUGCUUCUGCGGCGGUUGGUCCGCGCGGAGCAAGUCGUGGGGGAUAUUGUAUCCGUUGAGCAUGCCGAGCCAGUCGGGUAUUGGCAUUUUGCGCAUAGUUAUGUGCGCGGGAAUUGGCGGCGGGAGACGGAGAAGGGGGAUGGGAGCCUUUUAACGAAGAGUUGUCACGAUAUUGACUUUUUGGUUUGGUUGAUUGAGGCGCCGGUUAAUUCUGCUGCUGGUGAGGAUGGCGGCGAGAGAAAGCUCAGUCUGCGAACUGUGUCGUCCACGGGGUAUCUCACGCAGUUUGUACCGUCGCGCAAACCCGCAGCUGCGGGCUCAGCGACGAAUUGCACAACCUGCCCCAUCGAGCGGGACUGCACAUACUCCGCCAUCCGCAUCUACCGGGAUAACGAACUAAAUAAGGGAGAGACAGGGUGGCCUGUGAACAUCGUCUGCCCGGAUAUAGAAGAUCACUUGCCCUCAAACGACAACAGCACCAGCAAAAGAUACGGCCAGCCUCAUAGAAAAGCAAGCGGAGCCGUAACAGCAGAAGCAGAGUCCCACCUCCUCUCCGUGCUAGGACAAGACUACACCGAAAACACAGACGACGAUACCAUCAAAAAGAGACCCUGGUACGGCCGCUGCGUCUACGAAUCCGACAACGACGUCGUGGACGACCAGGUCGUUACGCUUGCUUGGGACGUCAUCCCCUCAACAACAAACACACCACCUAUCCAAUCCAGCAAUAACAACAACAGCCGCAAAACAAAAAAGACACCCGGGGUAACGGCCCUCUUCCACAUGAUCGCACCCACAGAAGCCCAAUGCGUCCGACGCGGCCGCAUCUACGGCACAAAGGGCGAAAUAACCUACGACUCAUCUAGCAUCUCGAUCUACGACUUCGGCAGCGGUCACACGCGCACCAUCCACGUGCCUAAGCAGCCGCCCGAGGAAGCAGAGUCGCAUGGGGGAGGCGACUACGGGUUGGCCAGGGGCUUUGUGGGCGCUGUUGAGGCGGUUAUUAACAAGGGGUGGAGUGUUGAGAAGGCGCAGAGGGAGUUUGUGGGGUGUGCGCUUGAGGAGGCUGUUAAGAGCCAUGCGGUGGUUUUUGCGGCGGAGGAGAGCAGACGUGCUGAGGAGGUUGUGAGGUGGGAGGGGUGGUGGGGUGGGAAGUUGAAAGGGGUUGGGUUGGGUUGA